AGUGUGUCGUAACAAUUUAGACGUGGAAUCGAAUCGGAAACUGGUCGCAUAAUUGUUUUUCAUUCAAUUCGGAUCGUAGGUGUGUCGUGGAAGAAUGGCAGGAACACUGAAACAGAAAGUAAGACUUGCCUUAUCAAAAAAAGCUCACAGAGAACUUGGUGUAAUUUACGAGAAAAUAUUACGAAACCUGAAACAAAUGCCGCAAGAUUACAUUUUCAGAACAGAUAUGGAGAAGCAGACAAGGGAAAGAAGAAGUAUCGUGAUGCAGAACGACGACAUGGCUGUUGUAGAAGCAAAGAUAGAUGACGGAAAAAUGGAAGACGUGCUAUAUAGAGCGAAACUGGAACUGACUUUGGUAGAGUGUUUCGUGAAGUAUAAACCGUGGGAGAGUUUAAUGGAGACCGCUCCGAAGAAUCAGUGGACCUGGCCUCCUCAGAAGUGAAGGAAAGAAACGAUCCUUUGGAUAGUUGUACAUAGCGCUAAAUACGGAAAUGUUUACCGACGAUCGAUGUAAUACCAUAGAUUAAAUUGUACGUUUGGGUAGUUAGUUGGAGUUGCGAAUGUUUUUGUUUGUAGAGAAAGAAAGGUUAAUAGGAGAUAAAUAUAAAGGAGAAUUGAUUUGUAACGGGUGAUUGAGUUUGGGGUGAAAAGGGGAGUUGGAGGAUGAAAGUCGGAAGAGGAGGAUCGUAAACGGCGAGGUAAAGGGUGAGAAAAGAUGGUAGAAAGGUAUAGGUCUAGUUGUAAGGAAGAAAUAUGACCGAGUCGAAUAGAGAAGGUAUAUAAAGGUUGAAAGGAAUGCGGCGAGAAAGAGUUGUAGAAGAGGGG